AUGAAAUUCGUCGAUAAUAAUAUAUCUUUAGAAGAAGUUAAGGGAGGAUUAAAUGAACAAUAUUCAAGCUUAUACACGAUCGAAAACAUGGUUGGAACAAUGAACGAAAAAGCAAGACAUAUUCGCUUCGAUAUGCGAUCAUCUGAUGAAUAUGAAGCAAUAUUGAAUAAAGGAAAAUUCCUGCUAGUGGGCCGAAUAUUCGAUGUCGAUGAGUUUUUGCCUUCUCCUAAACUACUUAUCUGUAGUCGCUGUAAUUAUCCAGGACAUAUGAAAAAGAAUUGCAAUUCACAGAUCGAUAUAUGCCGACGAUGUGGAGAUGAUCGAAACAAUGGCGUCAAUCAUCAAGAAUGUAUCGUAUACUGUAUACAUUGUGGACAAGAUCAUGAAAUGACAAGUUUUCGAUGUUCGUACGUUAUGGGUUUUCGGGACGAAUUGCUGAAAAAAUUAAAAAGUGAUAGUCGUCAACUUCCUCCUGAUGUUCAACUUUUCCUACCUCUGAAGUAUCGAGACCAAGGAUUGAAAACGUUACGAAGCAAUCUGAAACAAUCAAUGCCUGAUGAGCGGAUUCAACAACAUCAAGUUUUUAAUCAAAAUGACCCAAACAUGUGGCCACUACUGAACUCGAAUUCAAAUUCAUCACAGACGUUUCAUCAAAUACAAAGUUUCUCGAUUGCUAACGAAAUCAAGGCAUUACAAAGUGAAUUUGAAAAGAUAAAAUCUGGAAAUAUGACAGAGGUCUUGAAGUUAAAACAAGAUCAUGCAAAACAAGUACAGGCAACGACACAACAUAUUCAAUUGUUUAAUCUUCAAAAUAAAAUUCAAACGGAGGCUAUUACUGACAUAUAUACGACUGUGUGUGAAGUCAUGCCACCAAUAAUUCAGACGAUGCAAUUAUUCCAUCGUGUACUUGAAAAACAGAACACUAAUGUUCAUGUCGAUGAACAUGAACGACAAGAUAACAAUCAAAUACUGGCUGAAACAUUAAUUACAAUUAAUACAUUGUCUGAUCGUCUACAACUUGCUAAUGAUCAUCACCAGAAAUUAGAAACGCCGAUGACAAAACAUAGUGAGUUAUUGAUUCAAGACAUGAGCUAUUUGGAUCAGGGUUGA